AUGAAGGGUGUUAAAAAAAUUAAAAAAUUAUACAACUAUUAUGCUAUUGGAUUAAUUAUAUCGUUGUUUAGUUUUGUCUCAGGGAUGGAAUUGUAUUCAUACUUGAGUGUUCGCCAAACGAGUUUAUUUGCAACAUUGUAUCGUGAACCCACCAAAUUCGAUAUUAAUCUAUUAAAAUCAACCAACUAUUUAGGUGCAAUAGGUAAUUAUUAA